GUCCCAGCAUGGCUUUAUUGCUGCCUCGAGUGUAAAGCAGAACGGCACAAGCGGACCAGACACGAAAGUAUCUCGCGUCACGAGUGAGUUUAAUGAUAAGAUAAUCCAAGAAUGCUUCAAUCGACGACUGUAGUGCUGGCGAUAGCCCACUUGGCAGCGGCGGUGCCGACGUUCAACUCAGCAAACCUCGUGUCCAAUCUUCAAAACGCAGCCUUGGAUGAAAUUUCUGGACUGGCCGCCAGUCGAAUCCAUGAUGGUAUUUUGUAUGGAAUCAACGACCACACCAGCAGCACCGUCGAGAACAAAGUGUACGCCAUCAACGCCAACACAGGUGCGUUAGCUGCCACCCUGACCAUCACGGGUGCGACUAACUGGGACUGGGAGGACAUUGCGGUGGGUCCGUGCCCCGACAGCGGCUCCUGCAUCUACAUCGGCGACAUCGGCAAUUCCAACGGCAUCUCACAGAACACCGUCUACAGGGUGAAGGAGCCGGCUACCUUGGAGGACUCGUCCGUGCCUUACCUGGACAAGCUGCAGUACAGAUGGAGCGAGAAGGAGAGUGAAUGCCUGAUGGUCGACCCUGCUGGCAACGCCUACGUCGUCUCCCGUGUCCAGGGCGGUCAUGGCCUCAUGGCCAAGCUUCCUUCAUUCGGCUGGGCCGGCAAGGCCGUCGACGUCACCGUCACAUCACGUCUCUCAACCACGACCGCACACCACGACCCUCUUGGUUGCGACAUCUCCCCCGACGGAAAAGCAAUGCUCAUCAAGGCCAAAGACGACAUCUACUACUACUCCGUUCCCGACGGGGACUACGUCGAGGCGGCUAAAGGCCAGGCUACCACUGUGAAAUAUGACAUGAAGGAGCACUUGGGAGAAUCGGUUGCAUGGACGGCGAAGGGGGACGGCUACUACACAGUAUCCGAGGGAACUUAUCAACCCAUCUACCUGUACUCCGUCGUAGGUACUGUUGUUGUCGGGUAGUGAAGCCGCCGGGGCGUUCCUGAUGCACUGAAAUAAAGUUUUGUAUUGUA